CUCUCGUUGGACUUAUUUCCGGCGAGAUUUCACCAGACAAGAUGGCGCGACGCAUUGGAUGGGAAGAAGCUAGAAACAUAUUGAGGAGGAUUCGAGAGGAACAAGCCCGGGAUGGACAAACAGUGGUCCGUGUAUGGGAGGAAGUGCUCAUGAAGAACAGAAACAAACUGGGUGAUGAAUUAUGGGUCGUGUAUGAACAAGUGUGUAUUGCUGCUCUGGAUUGUCAACGCUUUGACCUAGUGGAUGCGUGCAUCUCGGUGCUAAAGGACAACUUUCCAAAAAGUAUACGAGUCGACAGAUUACGAGGAAUGUUUUUUGAAGCACAGGAAAGGUUCAACAAAGCAGAGGACGUUUACAAGAGUAUUAUUGACAGAGAUGAGACCAAUAUGUUUGCCAAAAAGAGACAGGUGUCUGUUUUGAAAGCUCAGAAUAAAAUUCCUGAAGCCAUCGAUAAACUCAACAGUUAUCUCCGGGAAUUUAUGACAGAUUUUGAAGCGUGGACUGAGCUCUGUGAUCUAUACCUCUCCCAGCAGGAUUAUCAAAAGGCAUCGUUUUGUAUAGAGGAGCUGAUCAUGUCUAACCCACACAAUCAUCUUUAUCACCAAAAAUACGCGGAGAUCUGCUACACACAGGGAAACUUUGAACAGGCACGGUCAUAUUUUGCCCAGGCAUUGAAACUCAAUCCCAACAAUAUCCGGGCGCUGUACGGGUGUUUCCUGUCUUCGUGUAGUUUAGCCUCCACAAGUAAGAGCAAAGAGAAACAAGCCAAUGUAAAGUAUGCUGCAUGGGCGGCACAGCAACUCAAGGAGAAAUAUGUGACAGUGCAGUCAGAAGAAGCCACAAAGCAAACCAAGAUCUUGGAAACGAUUGAUAGACUUCUAGAAUCUACAACAGAAAAAGCUUCUAAUUGAUAAAGAUUUCAGACUUUUAGAACAAAUAUAUUCAAGAAACUUUAUAGAUAGAAAGUGAAAAAAAUGAAAAUCUCAAAUGGAUCACAUGUAAUGGAAUACAGUAUUUGAAUGUAGUGAGGGAUUCAUGGGAGAUUGGAAGGCUAUUGUUUUGGUUACUUUGGCGCUGACUAGAAAUUUAAUGAUGGUACACCAGGUAAAUCUCAUUAGCACGUACCAGUAAUUUAAAAUCUCUAGUGAAUAUUUCUUGAUGUAGUGCACAGAAAGAUCUACACCUGUAUUUCUAAUCGUCUCAUUUACAUAAUGUCGAUUAUAUUCACCAAUGUGCUUCAUGAUCAAUAUUUUGAAAAGCAAAUAUUUAUACAAGUAGUUAUUUCACUUGAAGUUUCAAAUGUCUUACAAUUUUUGUUUCCAGUCCUCAAAAAAAUUUUGAUUUAAACAAAAAAAUCAUGUACAAAAAAAUCAUGUAAAAAAAAAAUCAAACAAAAAUAUCUUUAGAUAAUACUCUAAAUUUUGUGGCUCCCAUUUUGGCGAAACCAUGUUGGAUAAGUCACCUGGGGAAGACUGUUGAUAGACUCUCCCAGAACAUGAGGAUUGCCUACCUCUGUUGAUUGAACAUUAGACUUAGAUAUAUCAGCAAGAAUGUACUUUGUAUCAACACAACUGACCCUAAAAGAAGAUAAGAUGAGCAUGGUUGUAGCCCUGAGUUGACGAAGCGGCAAUCUUUUCCUCAAAAGUUUUCAAAUCAUGUGAAAUCUCACCCAAGACUGAAAUAAAAGUUCCGGAGAAAUUUUCUAUGAUAAAACGACACUUGCAAAUCCAUGUACAUGUAUAUCUAAGUCUGUAAUUGAACACCUUGUCCUGUACAAAGCUGCACAAUCGUUGAUAAAACAUUGAUUUCCAGUAGCCAGUACGACAAUUUAUGAUCCGAGGACAUAGUGGUCGAAUGGAUGUAAACAAACCGUAAAAUGUCCAGAAACAGUGUAGAGAUUAGUCUCCUGUAGUGUUAUAGAAGAUAUGUAGUGUCCUAGAACAUAAAUCUUUAUACAUUAUUCAAGUCAUAUUUCUUUAUUUUAUUCCUAUGUUAAUGUCAUUAUUUUAUUGUGUGCAUCCUUUGUUAAAAAUAAUGUACAAAGCAAGAGUGAGAACUGAUACAGGAGAAUGAUGAUUACAGGGAGAUGGUAUGUGGUAUAUAAUGAGAUAUCUCCUGACGAUUACAGGGAGAUGGUGUGUGGUAUAUAAUGAGAUAUCUCCUGAUGAUUACAGGGAGAUGGUAUGUGGUAUAUAAUGAGAUAUCUCCUGACGAUUACAGGGAGAUGGUGUGUGGUAUAUAAUGAGAUAUCUCCUGACGAUUACAGGGAGAUGGUGUGUGGUAUAUAAUGAGAUAUCUCCUGACGAUUACAGGGAGAUGGUGUGUGGUAUAUAAUGAGAUAUCUCCUGACGAUUACAGGGAGAUGGUAUGUGGUAUAUAAUGAGCUAAUCUGUGUGUAAGUAAAACAUCAUUUCUCGGAUCUAUAAUGAUUAAUUCCAAAGACCCAUUGUUGAAGAAUUUGAAGAUUCAAAGAUGUCCUUAGUGCUUUCCUUAAACAAAAUAUUUGUAUUAUUUGAGUUCACAUUAGAAAGCCUUGCACGUUUUUUUUGUUUUUUUUUUUCUCCAUUUUUCUUUGGUAAAAUACUGCAUUCCAGAAUGUGAUAUAUAUAAAAUGGUUGGCUUCUAGUUAAGACUUUUGUUGUGUUAGCAUUUUCAAUACCAGUAUAUCAUUUUUGUCUAUUUUGGUGAUGGAUUUUGUUAUUCUAACCUUAUGCAUGACACUUCAGCUUCAAUUCAUUAUUAUUUUAAUCACAAAUGGAAUACAUUACCCCCUUUUUUUUCUUAAAAAAUGUAUUGUCAUUUUUUUCUUAACCUAAUAAGUUUCAAAAAAAAUUCAGGGUAAAAUUUCUUUAUUUAGUAUUAUACUGCAGUAUGUAUAGGAAGGUGAUGAGUAAUCUACAAUGUCUCAAUUUUAUAAAACUAUAAUGAAACACAAAACUUUGGCAGGAUUGAGUCAUGCAUAUCUGAUUAGGAGGUGGGAAGGGUCCACUGAAAUGUUUUCCAUGUUUUUGAUUAGAAAAAUAAUUAUAAACACACCGGGUACUGGAGAUUGUGAUUAGUUGCAAUUGAUUCCCAUAAGCUUUAUGUAACCAAGAAAGUGAUUGAAUGGUGAUAAAUAGCUCCUUAAGAAAUGGCUCAACCUUCUUGAUUGUCUUUAUAAUUAAAUCAACUCACAUUGGAUGAGUUUCCAUUUCUACAUCACUUAAUUUUGUUUGUAGAACUUUUUUUUUCUGUGCUGGAGGAGGGUAAGAAUGUUGUUUGUGUGUGUGUGUGCGUGUAUCUAUUUAUAUACAUCUUUAUGUAACAGUGAUUGUGAUUGGUUUAUCCUUGUGAGGUGUAAAGAAUGAAUAUUUUGAUUGGUUUAUCCUUGUGAGAACUCUGAAAAGAUGCAAUAAUCAAAAAAACAAAGUAA